CAAACACAGACAUACCCUUAAGACAGGAUUUGUGAAGGAAAAGACAAUGGGGAGGCUUUUCCAGUCUGACCUUGCAGAGAAAACAUUUGCUCAGUUUAGGAAUCAAAAUGGCUUCAGGUCGGUCUUCCUGUGCUGAUCUAUGUAUGUGCGCCUAUCACACCAUCCCAUGAGCGGUGUGAGUUGUUCAACCGCAUUCUAAAUGACAUACAGCAUUACCAAACCAAUAAACAGAAUAUCCAGUCAAUCUUCAGUACCUAUAAAAGAACUUCAGGGAUAGGACCAGAAACAUUAGCCUCAUCCUUAGGAUCAGAAGCUGAGGCUCCCACAGAUGAGAGUUGUUGUUUUCAACACAACAAAGCCACUUCCGAACCUGGCGAGGAGUUGGGGUUGUGGGCUUCACGCCCACUCCAUGUGCGCGGGGGCUGGUUCCAGCCCCCGUGAGACUGAGGGAAUCCUGGCCGCGUCGUCAACCCAGCCAGCCAGUUGGGUGGCUGGGGGGCAUAGCCUGCCCUAUUUAGGGCCGGCGCGGCCGGGGCUCGCCCUCUUUUCACCUCGCCAGCCAUCCCGCUUUGGUUUGUAUUAAGGUUGUUUUGUCUCUUGCUUACCUUUUCUUUAGGCUGUGUAUCUCAAUUCCUUCGGUGAUCGAUUUUCACUUGGAUUUACCCGCGCAUCGGUGUUGUGCCUCCCAUCGGAUUGCCUGCUUCAAGCCCACCCGUGUUCCAGGCAGCGGCUUCGGCAGCCAGAGCCAUUUAGCUCCGGAACAGCAGGGCUGAAACCGCGCUGGAAAACCCCAUCGACCGGGUGUUCCCUUCUCUCUGGGUGGCUUCUCUGCAGCGGAGCUUUGCGGAACGCGGUUUGCACGUUCAGCGCCAGCCCAUCGCCGUUUAGUCCUUUUACUUGGAAGCGCACAGCUCGCCCGACGGAUCAGGAUGGCUUUUUUUCUAAAAGGAAAAAAGAAAAACAAGAUCUACCCCUCAUAUGAGGAUGAGGCCCCUGCCCUACUGCCGGCAUUGGCGAAGCCUUCAACAUCAGCCACAGAGGGCAGGAGGAAAGAUCAAGUUGCACGCAAAAACAAGAUCUACCCCUCAUAUGAGGACGAGGCCCCUGCCCUACUGCCGGCAUUGGCAAAGCCUUCAACAUCAGCGGCAGAGGCCAGACCGGCAGAGGCCAGACCCCUAGUCUUGCCAGGGCUGGUGAAGCCCCAGACCAGCAAGCAAGACCCAAGCCAGCAGCGGCCCUCAAAAAAGAAGAGCCUCGAGGACUCUGGGCCAGCGCUCCCAGAACUCUCUGAUGAAAACUUUGAGUACUUGUGGAUGGGUAAGAAGAUCCUGGGAGGAAGAACCAUCAGAGAAGCCUUGGAGAUGAUGGAUGAAAGGGAGAUUUUGGACACCAUCCUCCAACACCUCCAGCCACCUCCCCAGAACGCCCUCUAUAGAUACUAUGGACUCAAGCUGCGGGAUUCCAGGAGCGCAGAGACAGUCCACCAGUACCUGCACUUACUCCUGACGUUGCCUCUCGAAGAGGAAGCAGACAGAGAGGAGGUUAUCAAAGAGGAGCCGAUGGCAUCGCUCACCAUAUUACACCAAGCGAUGGAAACUAUCAUUCGCAUGACUGCCUUGAGACCACGCAUGGACCCCCUGCUCCGGUCUCAGCUGCUACAAAAAACCAUCAGGAAGGUCUUCCAAUUGCCAUCAUUGCAGGUUACGAAGGUCAAAGCCGGGAGCUCUGUGCCAGCAACACAGAGCCAGGACUGCUUUCAAGAGACCAUCUACAUCUGGCUCAACAUGCUCACCAGCUUGCUGUCGGAGGCCCCCUCUCUGGAGACGCUGCAGGAGAUAUUAGUGCACACAAAUGGCUGGAUUGACUCCACAAAAAUCAGUGAGAGGCAAAGAGCAGUCAAGACCACCAACGUACUCAUGAAAUAUGUCUCCGAGCAUUUGGACUUUGAUGUAUCCCAGGAUUUCCCCCUUCUUGGACAGCUGGUGGCGCUCUUGUCCCUUCACCUCGCAGACAACGUGAAGGAGAUUGGCCUGCAGUCAGCGGAGGCCUUGUACCAUCUCCAUUACAUCAUGAUAGCCAAAAUGGGUAAGGAACUGGAGAAGAGGAGGAAUAAAAAUAAGAAAGGCAACAUGGUCAGAUGGGUCCGAGAAGACUUCUUCAUCCCUGGGCCCUCCCUCUUCCACUACCACAUCGCAAAAGUGGCCAAGGCUUUUGGGGAGCACCUCAAGCCCAGCCAGAUCAACGAAGUCGUGUUGAAGGCGAUUGACAACCUGACAGUGGAAGACAGAGCCGUCUCUCAGGCUGCAGGAAAGCUCCUGAGGUCCUUCCUUGAGGAAUGUGGGAUGGAAAUGGAGGACCUGCCUAUGGUUGUGAAGGAGAUUUACAACCAUCUCCACCAGAUCCCCGACACCCGCACUAAGGAAGAGACGCUUUCGGCUAUUGUCAGCCUAGCCACCAAGCGCCUACAGCCGGUCGUAGACAGCCUGUUGGACUGCUCGAUGGAGUGUGAUGAAAGUGCCGCAACGAUCUGGAAGUCGUUGGUCACCGAUCCGUAUUCCAGCGUCAAGCUGCUGAGACCCCUCCUGAAAAGGCUGCAGGAUGAAGACCCCAAAGCGGAAGUCACUUCCAGGCGACGCAGCACUUCUCAAAUGCCAAUGGCGGCUACCAACGCUCUGUGUCAUAUCCUGUCGUUGCCUGAGGCUGCAGGUAUCCUGAAGAGCAAGUUCCACCACCUGCUGUUUGCACUUAGCACUCGGAUCUGUUUUGUCCAUGAGGCGAGAAGAAGAGGUUCGAGGGCGACAAGUCUAAUCCCGGAGCCCUCUUUGCAUCUCGAUCCGCUGACGACCUUGUUCACCUCCUCAACUGAACAGUACAAGAGGAUUGCCCGAUUGGCACGCGAAUAUAUGUGCUGUCCAAACAAUAAGAAGAGAGCCAUCGGCAUGGCGUUUUACUUGGAG